GGUCGAUGAUAUCAACCCUCCAAACUCCCAACCCAGACGGCAGGCGGCGUGGCGCCAGGGAAUUUCCCCCGUCCAUCUCUCCCGGUCCACCAUGGAACCCCCACUCCCUCUUCCGUGUCGCUCCCUCUCAUCCCCCUCCUCUCCCAUUCCCUUUUCCUUCCCUUUUUAGCCGUUAUCCAAUCUUUUUUUCCUCAUAUCCUUGUUUCUUUCUCUAAGUCUCUUCUACCCUCACCUUAUCUCUUAUAGAUAGUUUCUGCUGGGGCCCGGGGCCGAGAGAGAGAGAGGGGGGUUUUGUUGCAUGACGAUAGCUACGAAGCUGUUCUACUACUGGAGGUCUCGGACGGGCCGUGACUCGGACCCGGAGCCGGACGCGGCUCUCCGCCUUCCUCGUGGUCGUCGCGGCAACGGCGGCCAUCACCCCCGUGAGGAAGGUGAUUCUUCACGGCGUUCCCACCCGGGGAUUCACCAUGGCAGGCACCUCUCCCACCACCGCGCCUCCCCAACAAUUUGGUUGGACCAUAGAGGCGCUAGUGACUUUGAGGCAGGUAACAGCAGCAGUGGUGGGAUACGAAGUUGCAGAGACAGUGGGUCGAGACAAACCAGAGAUGAGUCAGAUGAUCGACGACUUCCUGGUGCUGUGGUGCAGGCACGAGCAAGGCUUCUUGAAAGACUGCAGAGUGUUCAUAUUACAGGAGGCAGGCAAAGCACCUCAUCUUCAGGCAUCUCCCAGAAUGAACGUUCAUGCAGUGAUGACUGGAGUGUUAUUGUCUCUGGGGAUUGGGAAGCCCAAACACGAAGGGAAUGCUCUAAACCCGGGAUUCCCCUUCCUGUCCCUACACUUCGAACAGAUCGAACACUUUCUUUCUGUGAUACGGGCAGGAAGCCUCCUGGACUAAGCUGGGACAAACUUGGGCUACGACAACAGGUUUUCAGAUAUGCAGAAGAAGGUGGAGUUGCAAAAGCAUCAUUUGAAUGCUGUAUAUGUCUGGAGAGGUUUUUGGAGGGGGAUGGGCUGAUACGGCUGCAGUGUGGGCAUAGAUUCCAUCCAAGUUGUUUAGAGCCAUGGCUGCGGACCCAUGUUGAUUGCCCGUACUGUCGAUCAAGCAUCACCUGUUGAUCAUGGAGCAAGAGAGAAUGAACCUUCAAUGAGAUUAGCCGCAUGUUUCAGCACCAUUCCACAGGCUUUUUGUCAUCUCUAAUCCUAAAAAUAUGAAAUAUAAUUUCAUAUGUAACAUCAGUCUUUAUAGCCAUAGAUGAGAUGUAACUUUGUGUUGUGUUUUCCCACUAUACUUGGAAUGCUGUGUCAUGUUUGAUAUGGAACACUAAUGUAAAAUUAUUUAAUCGACCUGUGAGGUUUUUGUGUGCCCUGAUAUGUUAACACACGUACUAAAA